AUGGAAAAGUAUUUGAAGCGAAAAGCUGCAUCAUCAACCGGUAAUAAUGAUGCAUCCAAUUCCAACAAUGUGAUUGAUAUUAACAAACUUCCUUGGGAUCCAUCAGAGAGACCCAAAAUUAUAAGUUAUAAUCCAAAUCAAAGAGACGAAAUUAGACGGAAAUACUUGGUAAGGGGUCCUUGUCAACCACGAGGUCACAUCUUUCCAACCAAAGUUAUAKGGGMUAAAGGGCGACGGUUUGUUGUUACUUGGUUUGAUCAAUUUCAGUGGUUGGAAUAUAGUGUAAAAGUAGAUAGAGCAUAUUGUUUGCCUUGUUACUUGUUCAGAGACCAAGGUGGGAAUCAUGGGAUAGAUGCAUUUGUGGCGGACGGAUUUAAUAGUUGGAGUAAGAAAGAUAGACUUACGCUUCAUGAGGGUGAGGUUAAUAGUUUUCACCAUAAAGCACUUAAAAAAUGCGAAGAUUUGGUUAACCAAAACCAAUCAAUUGCAGUUGCCCUUCGUAAACAAACAGAACUCCAAAAGACCAAGUACCACAUGCGAUUGAAUGCUUCCGUUGAAGUUURUAGAUAUUUGUUGGAGAAUGCUUUACCAUUUCGUGGCAAUGAUGAGUCGGAAAAGUCUAUGUACAAAGGGCUUUUCUUGGGGACUUUAAAGUUAAUCGGAAGAACAAAUGGGGAGAUUGAAAAGGUUAUAUUACAAAAUGCCCCGAAGAACAAUCAAUUGACAUCUCCAAAGAUUCAAAAAGAUCUCGUUACUUGCUUUGGAGAAGAGGUGUUGAAAGACGUUAUUGGGGAAAUUGAUGAUGAUGUAUUUGCUUUGUUGGUGGAUGAGUCUAGUGAUGUCUCWAGAAAAGAACAAAUGGCCGUGGUUUUGAGACCCGAAUAG